AAGGAUACAUAUCGUGCGACGAAGUUAGGUCUACGGCAACAACAACACUAGAGACGGAGAGGAUAAGGAUUGUUCAGUUAGCCUGAUGGUAUAAAAUUCGCUCGUGAACUACGAUUUGCUACAAUCAUUUCUACUCCUGAACUUAUCAGUCCUGUUAAACAAUUUUAUUUAAUAGUGAGCUACUGGUAACUCAAAGCGUAUCUUGUGGAAGUGUUAUUUGUAAACAUUUCGUCAUCACUGGUCUUGAGAUUUUCUCGACUCAUAUCAUGUUUUGACAAAAGCCUAGGGGUAAUACUGGUUACCCCAGGAUUUUAUGAAAUCCGAAGGAAGAUCUUCAACGACGCAAUCAAGUAGAUCAAACCAUUUAAUCAAGAAUCAUGGAAGUUUCUCCUGUUUUGAAGUCUUUCCUGGCUGGCACAGUCAGUGGAUCCUGUUCUACAUUGCUCUUCCAACCAUUGGACCUGGUGAAAACCCGCAUUCAGACUUCAGUCGCUUUUGGAUCUCCAACAAUGGUAACGGUGGCACAUGCAGUUAUCCGUCAAGAUAAACUCCUAGGGCUGUGGAAAGGCUUGGUGCCAUCAUUUUCAAGAGCUGUUCCUGGUAUUGGCAUCUACUUCUCUUCUAUUCAUUACCUGAGGAGUAAAUAUGGGUCGGAGAAGCCCAGCCUAAAGGAGUCUGCGAUGACAGGAAUGUGUGCAAGAGCAGUGUCUGGCAUUGUAGUCAUUCCCUUCACAGUGCUCAAAACGAGAUACGAGAGUGGAGUCUUCAACUACAGCAAUGGUGUGGGCAGAGCCUUGGUUUUAACCUACAGACAAGAGGGAUGCCGGGCCUUGAUCUCGGGUCUUUCUCCAACAUUGAUGAGAGAUGUUCCAUUUUCUGGGUUAUACUUGAUGUUCUACACUCACUUCAAACAGAUUGUGAAUGACAAUGUUGCUGAUGACUCGAGGCGUCCUGCCCUCCAUUUCAUGUGUGGACUGAAUGCAGGAAUCUUGGCUUCACUUGUUACACAACCUUGUGAUGUGAUAAAGACACUAAUGCAGCUGGACCCCAAAAAGCAUGCCAAAGUAUUGGAAACCGCUAGAUAUGUGUUUGAGAAGUAUGGUGCUCAUGGCUUUAUGAGAGGUAUCGUUCCAAGGACCCUUCGCAGAAGUCUUAUGGCUGCCCUUGCCUGGACAGUGUAUGAUGGGGUUUCGCGCCAAUUUGGACUGAAAGCAUGAGGAAAAGGCAGGUACAGGACUGCAUUUAUUCAUUCCAAGGAUCUCGAUAAAAAUGUCAAAUGAACUAGUUCUACCGUAUGUGUUCAUAACAGCUGAUUAUACCUCACUAGUCAAGUGAAUGAAUAUAUUGCAGUGUACAUUGUAGUCGAUUGAAAACUUGAAGCUGACACCAAAGACGAAACCAAACAACUACCUGUAGAAACAUCUUGUUAAAAAUAUUAGUCGGAUGUGAAUUCAAUUAAACUGGCCAGUUAAAGCGAACCCACAUGAAAGUGAUUAUUGGUGCAGUGUUUCUUAGAUUGAGCAGUUUAAAGCUAAACACAGUCAGACUUGCAUUGCUGAAGUUUCAACUGGACAUAUCUUUAAUGCAAGUCAGUGUUGUAUAUUUGAUUUGCUUUUGGCAUUUCACCAAACUAUUAAGCCUGUGUGAUUGACUAGUGCUCAACACUUGUGAAAACAUGAUCAUAUUUCUUGUGCAACAUUUUACAGAAUACAAAGAAGCACCCUCAAAUGACAUGAUGUGCAUAUCAAAAAGUAACAGCACCACCAAUAUGAAGUGUGAUAUUCGGUGCAUUAUAACAAUAUGUGUGCUGAAAUAUGCUUUCAGUGGUUGAACAUUGAAAUUAUGACAUUCCUGAAUGAAAGGUCUUUGUUCCAGUUGGAUGCAUUGUUAUAUUUGCUUAUGGUUGUGUUUCGUUUUAGUAAACAGAUAUCAUAAAGCAUGCCAUGCAGGAGAUAGAUCUCACAUUUUUGAUGAGGAUUUUUUUUUAUUUAAUGAUAUGGAACAAGACUUGUUCCAAGAAUUCCAUUAUGUUGUCAGUACUUGUUGAAAAGUAUGACAUACCUUUACAAACAAGAAUGCAAAUACUCUUAAUUUGUUAACGUUGUUUACAGUUUAGGCAUGUAUCGUCAAUAAUCUUUAAUUUAAUGACAGUAUGAUCUUAUGUUUUCAUUUCAAUAUUUUUUGUAUGGCAGCAACAUUGGAAAAAUUGUAAUUAGAUUCGUUCAAGUUAAAUUAGUUUUACAUAGAAAAUAUUGUGCGUUUCUGAACAUAUUAAAAGCGUACGAGAAUAACAUUAUCAAGAGUUUCUCAAGAAUUCAGCAAUUUUAUGAUUUUAUGAAAAUAUGUGGUUCUAUGAAAGUCGGUGAAAUUGUAUAUAGAAAUUAUUUGUAAGAAAGCAACAGUGUGUAAGCAGGAAAAUCCUAAUUAUCGUAUGCUUUUUGGAAUGGGAUCGAGAUAUUGGACAGCAAAUAUUAACUGUGCAAGAUUUUAUUUUGAAAAAGUGCAUAUGUGUGAUAUUGUGAAAACCAUAUUGAAAUUUGUAUAUGAUGUACUUGUAUACAUCAAUAUGUUUGAAAUGUUCUAGUUUCAAUGGUUACAAGUUUGCAAAAUGAUAUAUUUUUAUACAACCAAAUUCAUGUAUGCCGUCUGGAGUGUAAAUGUGAGAGGUUUUAAUGAACUUGUGAUAAUAAUGAUUUUCAUGUUGAAAUCUACAUGUGAUUUUGCCCUUCGGCAUUGAAGGGGGGUGCAAUGCUUUAUAACAUCAUGCUCACUUUUUUAUUGAGUAAGGUGAGAAAAUCAUUCCCAUCUGUUUAAUAAAAUGAUCAAUAUUGGUAAAAAG